CAGUGAAUUUUGGAGGAAAAUAUGGUAGAAAAUAAAGGAAAUGAUAGGGUCAGUCAGCAUCAAUCUUUGAAAUUAAGUUAAUUUUUAAAGCACUGCACAGUUAAAAUGUUUUUAUUAACAAAAAACUACAAUGAACUCAUAAAAAAUAAAUAAGUAAAAGCUUUUGGUCCCUCCUCUGGACGGACACAUUCAGAUCUACAGAGUUGACCCUGAAAUCUACCUGAGAGGCACACCUUCCAUUCAGCCUGCUGACUCUCCACUGCGCAUGCGCCCCUGGCUCAAGGGCUCCACUGUCAUGGCGCUGACGAGCUGAAGCUACCGGGGUCGAUCAGGAAGCAAAUGCAGCGCAGCUGGGUCAGCGUUGUCAUCGAAGCGAGUCUGCGGAGUUUGAGGCAGCUCUCCGCGCACACCUCCGUCCCUUCACCGGCUGUUACCGGAGCUGCCGAGGGACUCCCCCCGCCCCGCUGUCUGUGAGUUGUCGCUUCCCCGCUGAAGUGAACUCUCUGGCAGUAUAGCUUUCGCCGCUCCGCUCGCACGCAGACACGCGCUAAAGAAACUGGAUUUAAUUGAGUCCGAGCGGAGGGAAAACUGCCCGAAAAGGAGUUCCACCUCACCUGCAUUACUCCGCGUUGCCUCGGGACACUUCGCAGCUUUUUCAAGGGAUUAUUUCGCCUGUCUGGCAUCAAGUUACGCACCGGAGCAGAGGAGUUUCAUUGGUGACAUUUCCAGUCGCCUACAAAUUCUCCCUCUUCUAUUUUGUUUUUAAUCUGUACCCACUCUCGACCUAGUUUGGAUGGGGGAAGAAACCGCUUUUGGCUCACGUGCACGUAGGCUGCACACUACCCAGCUGAGGGACUGACUGACAGAGCCCUCUUUCUGCUCCGACACAUCAGCUGCACUCCCCCCAUCAUCAUCCUCAUCACCGGAGGUGAACAGGUGCCUCACCUGUGAACGCCACCUGUCCUUCCGUAGCCAUGGCUAGCGCGGAGGCAGCGGCGGCGGAUGGAGCGGGCGCCGCGGCGCUCAACCCCGGAGUGCCCAUCCGCGGAAUCCGCAUGAAAUUCGCCGUGCUCGCCGGCCUGGUGGAAGUUGGGGAAGUUUCCAACCGGGAUAUUGUGGAGACGGCGUUCAACCUGCUGGUGGGCGGUCAGUUCGACCUUGAGAUGAACUUCAUCAUUCAAGAACCGGAGAGCAUCGUGUGCCUGGUGGAGCUGUUGGACAAAUGCGAGCCGACCUGUCAGGCCGAGAUAUGGAGCAUCUUCACCGCCAUCCUCAAGAAAAGUGUCCGGAACCUGCAGGCGUGCACUGAAGUGGGUCUUAUUCAGCAGGUGCUCCAACGGAUCGCCACCACUGACAGCAUGAUAGCAGACCUGCUGGUGGACAUGCUGGGUGUCCUCGCCAGCUACAGCAUCACAGUGAAAGAGCUGAAGCUUUUCUUCAGCAAGCUGCAAGGGGAGAAAGGCCAGUGGCCAUGUCAUGCAGUGAAGCUCCUGUCUGUGCUGAAGUACAUGGCUCUCAGGAACGGUCCCGACUCAUUCUUCAGCUUUCCAGGGAAAAAUGCUGCUGCAAUCGCUCUGCCCCCCAUAGCGAAAUGGCCAUACCAGAACGGAUUUACAUUUCACACGUGGCUGCGAAUGGAUCCUCUGAACAACAUCAAUGUGGACAAAGACAAGCCUUACCUUUACUGCUUCCGCACCAAUAAAGGCCUGGGGUAUUCGGCACACUUUGUAGGCGGCUGUUUGAUAGUGACGUCGCUAAAAUCAAAGGGCAAAGGGUUCCAGCACUGUGUGAAGUACGACUUCAAGCCCCAGAAGUGGUACAUGGUGACUAUAGUUCACGUCUACAACCGCUGGAAAAACAGUGAAAUGAGCUGCUUUGUGAAUGGAGAACUGGCUUCCUUUGGGGAUAUUCCCUGGUUUGUCAACACCAGUGAUACAUUUGACAAGUGUUUCCUGGGAUCAUCAGAGACGGCGGAUGUAAACCGAGUGUUCUGUGGACAGAUGGGGGCAGUUUACCUGUUUGCAGAAGCUCUCAGCGCCGCUCAGAUCUUGGCUAUCUAUCAGCUGGGUCCAGGCUACCAGGGCACGUUCAAGCACCGGGCCGAGAGCGACCUGCUGUUCGCGGAGCAUCACAAGACUCUGCUGUAUGACGGCAAGCUGUCCUCUAGCAUCGCCUUCGCAUAUAACCCGCGCGCCACAGAUGCUCAACUCUGCCUCGAGUCCUCCCCCAAGGACAAUGCCUCCAUUUUUGUGCACUCACCCCACGCACUGAUGCUGCAGGACGUGAAGGCUGUGGUGACUCACUCAGUCCAGAGCGGCAUUCACUCCAUCGGUGGCGUGCAGGUCCUCUUCCCUUUGUUUGCACAGCUGGAUUACCGCCAGCCUUCCAGCCAGGAACUGGACACCUCUGUUUGCUGCACUUUGCUGUCCUUCAUGAUGGAGCUCCUGAAGAACUCUGUGGCUAUGCAAGAGCAGGUUUUAGCCUGCAAAGGCUUCCUGGUCAUUGGCUACACGUUGGAGAGGUCUUCCAAGGUGCAUGUGACGCGACCCGUCCUGGACAUCGUUCUGGCCUUCUCUAGAUAUCUCAGCAACUUGCAGAACGGCAUCUUGCUACUCAAGCAGUUGUGUGACAACAUCCUGUUCAACCCUGCCAUCUGGAUUCACGCACCUGCCAAGGUGCAGCUGACUCUCUACACAUACUUGGCGACAGAGUUCAUCAGCACUGUGACCAUCUACAAUGCAAUACGCAGGGUGGGCACUGUGCUUCAGGUCAUGCAUACACUAAAAUACUACUACUGGAUUGUCAACCCGCAAGACCGCAGUGGAGUGGUGCCUAAAGGCGUUGAUGGUCCAAGGCCAAACCAGAAGGAGCUCUUCUCUUUACGAGCAUUUCUCCUGCUGUUUGUCAAGCAGCUAAUAAUGAAGGAUCAUGGGGUGAAAGAAGAUGAGUUGCAGAGUAUCCUCAACUACCUCCUGACCAUGCAUGAGGAUGAAAACCUCAUGGAUGUACUGCAGCUGCUGGUGGCUCUAAUGUCUGAACAUCCUGGUUCAAUGGUCCAAGCCUUUGACCAGAGAAAUGGAAUUCGAGUGGUUUAUAAGCUUUUGGGCUCAAAAAGUGAAGGAAUCAGAGUCCAGGCACUGAAGGUCAUGGGCUAUUUCCUGAAAAGCUUGUCACCAAAGAGAAAAACCGAGGUCAUGAUGAGUAACGGGCUGUUCUCGCUGAUGACUGAGCGCCUGGUGCUCCACUCCAACCACUUCACCAUGACAACCUACAACGUGCUCUUUGAGAUUCUCACAGAGCAGAUCUGCACUCAAGUGAUCCAUAAACAGCACCCAGACCCAGACUCCACUGUGAAGAUUCUCAACCCACAGAUCCUGAAGGUGAUAGCUGCACUCCUGAAGAGCUCCCCCCAAUCCCCCGAGAGCAUGGAGGUGCGCAGGGUCUUCCUGUCAGAUAUGAUCAAACUGUUCAAUAACAGCCGAGAAAACCGCAGGAGCCUGCUGCAGUGCUCCGUAUGGCAGGACUGGAUGCUCUCUCUGUGCUUCAUCAAUCCACGAAACAGCGAAGAGCAGAAAAUCACCGAGAUGGUGUACGCCAUCUUCCGCAUUCUGCUCUACCACGCCAUCAAGUACGAGUGGGGCGGCUGGCGCGUCUGGGUGGACACACUGUCCAUCACCCACUCCAAGGUCACUUUCGAGCAACACAAAGAAAAUCUGUCUCGGAUGUUCCGUCAGUACCAGGAUCAGGAGUUUGCCGGCUCCGGAGCCGCCGUUCGGACCGUCUCCGGCGUCAGCGAAAGCUCAGAGGCCACAAAAUGUAUUAACGGGUCAUCAGCAGAGGAGACGGCGCCCUCCACUGUUAUCGAGCUGACGGUGGACAGUCUUUCUCAGAAAUCCCUCGACUCAGCAUCCAACUCCACCCUAACCUCCAGGCCACGGUCGGACAGCGAGCCCACAUCCAUCACUGUGUCCAACAUCCUGGCCAGAGAUGAAGACAAAGAGCAGAAAGGGCCGGAGGAGAACUCCAGUGAUGGCUUAGAUGCUGGAAAGGAAAAUGAAGUUGCAGUGAUUGAAAUGACCAACUCUAAAGAGGCUGAUUCUGAGCCAUCCAGAAGUGAUGACUCAGCUGCUGAGAGAGAGGAUAAAAAAUCAGAAAACAAAGACGUUUCCUCGACCUCUGAAACCGAAAACCCUCCAGAACAAGCAGACGAGGCCGAGCAAACAUUAUCUGAACAUGCAGCCUCUCUGGACAACUCUGGAGCCGGUGGAGCUUCUGUCUUCAACGAGGAUUUGGUCGACGUGUCAUCUGUAAGCGACCAAGUCCAGCCAAGUGAUGCUGAUGAAAGUUUAGAGGAGUCUUAUGUUUCUGCUGCAACUGGAGAAGAUGGUGAUGUAGGAGAAAAGGGUGAUGGAGAAGAAGAUGGUAAAAGGAAAGUCAGUGAUCAGGGAGAAGAGGAGGUUAAAAAUGAAGAACAGACAGAGAGUCAGGAGCAGGAAAAGGGAGAUGAGAACACUUCAACUGAUGCACCUCAACAGAGUGACGCAGAAGCUCCUAAAGAGGAUGUCAGUGAUACACAGUCUUCCUCUGUAGCAGCGAGUAAGGACCAGCAACCCUCGGACGCCACACCGACCUCUUCAUCCCAAGAGGCUCCAAAUCAGCCUUCAAAUGCUGGUGGCACAACCACAGAAGAAACCCAGUCCAGUGCUGCCGACACAAACCCCUCCAGCUCUGACACCCCCAAGAGCCCAGAUUCUCUCAGCAAGACCAAAGAGAUCAAAAUCGCCAGGCUGGAUGUGUCCAAUGUGGCCCUAGACACUAAGGGGCUUGAACUGAAGGAGACCUCCUCAGCGGACACAAACCAGGGUCAGGCAGCUACAGCAACAGCACCAGAGGCAGGAAGUUCCUCAGGCCAGCAGAGAGAAGGCAGUACAUCAGCGCCUCGCUCCACCAUGUUCCGCAUCCCAGAAUUCCGUUGGUCCCACAUGCACCAGCGUCUUCUCACAGACCUGCUCUUCUCUAUAGAGACGGAUGUCCAGAUGUGGAGAAGUAACACCACAAAGACGAUCCCAGACAUUGUGAACAACAGCGAGAACAUCGUGUUUGUCCACAACAGUGUUCACCUCAUCUCCCAGGUGGUGGACAAUCUCAUCAUGGCUUGUGGAGGCAUUCUACCUCUGCUGUCCGCUGCCACGUCUUCCUCUCACGAACUGGAGAACAUUGAGCCGUCUCAAGGCUUGCCUCUGGAGGCUUCAGUUACCUUCUUGCAGCGCCUCAUCAACCUCGCAGAUGUUCUCAUUUUUGCCAGCUGUCUCAACUUCACAGAGAUAGAAGCGGAGAAAAACAUGUCCUCUGGGGGGAUUCUGCGGCAGUGCCUUCGCCUUGUGUGUGCUAUGGCAGUGAGAAACUGUCUGGAGUGCCAGCAAACCCAAUUAAAGCAUGGUGCAGAAAGCUCAGUGCGCAGCCACCCAGCCAUGCCCGGUACUUUACUGGGGACAGCUAAAUCUGCGUCUGCGCAGAGUCCCGUUGAUGCAGUGACAGGCGGCAUGUCUCCAAUCAGAGAUCUGGACCGCCUGCUUCAGGAUAUGGACAUUAAUCGCCUCAGGGCUAUCGUCUUCAGAGAUAUUGUGGACAGUAAGCAGGCCCAGUUCCUGGCUCUAGCUGUGGUCUACUUCAUCUCAGUCCUCAUGGUUUCCAAGUACCGGGACAUCUUGGAGCCACACAAUGAUAAGAGACGCCCUCAACGCUCCCAGUCUGCUAGAAGUUCAGACAGUGGAGCUGUUUCUGGUGGAACAGAGGUGGACGGCAGCUCCUCUCUCCGUCGCUACGAUUCUGGCAUCGGCGAAGACCACACCUCGGCAGCGGCCAGCGAGGCAGACCUGUCGUCCUCUGGCAUGGCUCACGGUCCAGACGCCGUCUCAGAAGCCUUGUCGACGCUCUCUUCUGAGGUCAGACCCGCUCUGUCCGCCGACUCAAAGGGCAAGAAUGUGAAGGACAUCCUGCGCAGCCUGGUGAGCACUCCAGCUGAGGACGUCAUGGUGGACCCUGCUUUGCUGCCGCCGACCUUCCUCGGAUCAGUGGGGGACGUGGCCAGAGACUCCUCCCUCCAGUUCCGCUCUUUUGAUAGAAGUGUUGUCGUUGCCCCUAAGAAAAUGGGCACAGUGCCAUCUCCGGCUGCUUCCAAGCCGGCCCCAGCGUCCACUGCUGGAUCUGGAGCCCCGGUGGACAAUGUUGCUGUGGUGUCGUCCGCUGAUGCCUCCCAGAGCACCUCUGCAGAUGCUACAGUUUCAGGCGGCCAGGUUCCAGCCAGCCCAAGCCUGCCAUCUGUCCCCCCACUGUCCCCUGUGACCCAGAACACAGCCCCCAGUAUGAGUAUUUCCGAGCGUCUGGAACACGCCCUGGAAAAGGCGGCGCCCCUGCUGAGGGAGAUCUUCGUCGACUUUGCCCCCUUUCUUUCUCGAACCCUGCUUGGCAGCCACGGACAGGAGCUGCUGAUCGAGGGCACCAGUCUGGUGUGUAUGAAGUCCAGCAGCUCUGUGGUGGAACUGGUCAUGCUUCUAUGUUCUCAGGAGUGGCAGAACUCCAUCCAGAAGAAUGCUGGGCUUGCCUUCAUCGAGCUGGUCAACGAGGGAAGACUUCUCAGUCAUACCAUGAAGGACCACCUGGUUCGUGUGGCUAAUGAGGCUGAGUUUAUCCUGAGUCGACAGAGGGCUGAAGACAUCCAUAAACAUGCAGAAUUUGAGUCUCUAUGUGCUCAGUAUGCAGCCGAGAAGCGAGACGAGGAGAAAAUGUGCGACCACUUGAUCCGAGCAGCCAAGUACAGAGACCACAUGACGGGAACACAGCUCAUCCAGAAGAUAGUGAACAUACUGACUGACAAACAUGGAGCCUGGGGAAGCUCUUCCUUAAGCCGGCCGAGGGAGUUCUGGCGCCUGGACUACUGGGAGGACGAUUUAAGGCGGCGACGUCGCUUUAUCAGGAACCCCUUCGGAUCCAGUCACUCAGAAGCCACGCUCAAAGCGGCAGCCGAACACGCAUCUGACGAGGAUAUCCUCAAGGGCAAGCAGUCCAUCAGGAACCAGGUUCUGGGAAAUCAGAACUCUGAAAGCGAGACGUCACUGGAGGGAGACGAUGACACUCUGUCAUCUUUAGAGGAGAAGGACCUGGAGAACCUAACAGGCCCGGUAAACCUGAGCACGAGCGCACAUCUCGUGGCUCCGGCUGCUGUUGUGAAAGGCACCCUGUCUGUCACCGCCUCCGAGCUCUUCUUUGAGGUGGAUGAGGACGAGCCCAGCUUCAAGGCCCUCGAUCCAAAGAUUUUAGCCUACACUGAAGGGCUUCAUGGAAAAUGGCUCUUCACAGAGAUCCGAGCUGUCUUUUCCAGACGCUACCUGCUGCAAAAUACUGCGCUGGAGGUGUUCAUGGCCAACAGAACGGCUGUCUUGUUCAACUUCCCCGAUGCAGCCACAGUGAAAAAGGUGGUUCACUGCCUUCCUCGUGUUGGUGUGGGCACCAAUUUUGGCCUUCCACAGACCAGACGCAUCUCUUUAGCUACACCCAAGCAGCUCUUCAAGGCUUCAAACAUGACUCAACGCUGGCAGCGCCGUGAGAUAUCCAACUUCGAGUAUCUGAUGUUUCUUAACACCAUCUCCGGCCGCACCUUCAACGACCUGAACCAGUACCCAGUUUUCCCCUGGGUCAUCACCAACUAUGACUCGGAGGAACUGGACCUCACUUUGCCCAGCAACUUCAGAGAUCUGUCCAAGCCAAUUGGAGCCCUGAACCCUAAGAGGGCAGCAUUCUUCUCAGACCGCUACGAGUCAUGGGAGGAUGAUCAGGUGCCCAAGUUCCACUAUGGGACACACUACUCCACCUCCAGCUUCACCUUGAUGUGGCUGCUCCGCAUCGAGCCGUUCACCACAUUUUUCCUCAACUUCCAAGGAGGGAAAUUUGACCACGCCGAUCGCACCUUCUCAUCAGUGUCCAGAGCGUGGAGGAACUGCCAGAGAGACACGUCUGACGUGAAGGAGCUGAUCCCAGAGUUCUACUAUCUGCCUGAGAUGUUUGUCAACAGCAACAAUUACAAUCUGGGAGUGAUGGAGGAUGGCACUGUCGUGUCUGACGUGGUUCUUCCGCCUUGGGCCAAAAGUCCAGAAGAGUUUGUGCGGAUCAAUAGACUGGCCCUGGAGAGCGAAUUCGUGUCCUGCCAACUUCACCAGUGGAUCGACUUGAUUUUCGGCUACAAGCAGCAGGGACCAGAGGCCACUCGAGCCCUCAAUGUUUAUUACUAUCUGACGUACGAAGGUGCCGUCAACCUCAGCUCCAUCAAUGACCCCUUGCUGAGAGAGGCCGUGGAGUCUCAGAUCAGGAGCUUUGGACAGACUCCCUGCCAAUUACUGAUUGAGCCACACCCACCCCGAAGCUCCGCCAUGCAAGUGUAUCUUCUCCUGCAGACUCCAAUGAUGUUCACGGAGCAGAUGCAGCAAGAUGUCAUCAUGGUGCUGAAGUUCCCGUCCAAUUCUCCUGUCACAUACGUAGCAGCCAACACGCAGCCGGGUCUCGCUUCAGCUGCCAUCAUCACCGUCACCGCCAACCGCCUCUUUGCCGUCAACAAAUGGCAUGGCUUGACAGGUCAUCAGAGCUCCGCAGAGCAGCAGUACCAACUUCCUGUGGAAAUUGACCCUCUGAUAGCCAGUAACGUGGGCACUCACAGACGCCAGAUCUCUGACCUGCUGGAUCAGAGCAUUCACAUCAGCUCCCAGUGUUUCGUCAUCACGGCAGACAACCGCUUCAUCCUCCUGUGCGGCUUCUGGGACAAGAGCUUCCGGGUCUACUCCACCGACACGGGGAAACUAACUCAGAUUGUGUUCGGGCAUCGCGACGUGGUGACCUGCCUCGCCCGCUCCGAGUCGUACAUCGGAGGAGACUGCUACAUCCUGUCGGGCUCCAGAGAUGCCACCCUGCUGCUGUGGUACUGGAACGGAAAGCUCUCCAGCAUCGGAGAAACGCCGAGCACAUUUACCACGCCGAGAGCCAUCCUGACGGGCCACGACUGCGAGGUGACGUGUGCCAGCGUCUGUGCAGAGUUGGGGCUGGUCAUCAGUGGCUGCAAAGAGGGUCCUUGUCUGAUCCAUUCCAUGAAUGGGGACCUGCUGCGGACCCUGGAGGGGCCGGACAGCUGCCUGCAGCCCCGACUCAUCCAGUCCUCCAGCGAGGGUCACUGCGUGGUUUACUACGAGAAGGGACACUUUUGUUUGUUUAGCGUCAACGGCAAACUGCUGGGACACAUGGAGGUGGAGGACAGCAUCAAGGCUAUGCUUCUCAGUCGGGAUGGCCAGUAUUUGCUGACCGGAGGGGACGGAGGCGUGGUUUGUGUCUGGCAGGUCCACAACCUGAAGCAGCUCUUCAGCUACCCGGGCUGUGACGCAGGCGUGCGCUCCAUGGCCAUGUCACACGACCAAAGGUGCAUCAUAACAGGCAUGGCGUCUGGAAGCAUCGUCCUCUUCUACAACGACUUCAACAGGUGGCAUCACGAGUACCAGACCCGGUACUGAGGCCCGACCCACGGCACAGACGGAGAAACGAAGGCGUUUGAAGCGUGGCCUCUCAUCCAUGGCGCUCCUCUGUCGAGAGCCUGAACUCCUGAAUGUAUCUCCACACGAGGAGAAACAAAGAUCUGUCCUGUUGUAGUACAAGAAACUAUUUUUAAACAACACUGCUAUAUUUUGUAGAUCAGAUAGAAACGUUUCAUAUAAAUCUUUAGGUGGAGGUUCCAAACAGAUCUAUUUUUAGCUGCAAGUCUAUUUUCAUCUCCUCCAAAACAGAAAUGAGGGAUGUGUGUGGAGAGUUAUAAUCCAAACAUUUGAAAUCUUCUGUCUUCUUUGGGUGAGUGAUCUUUUUCUGUUGGUGUGUUUUAUGGGGAAUAAAUAUUAAACUAUCAUUCACAUCUUUUUUUCUUGUUUUGGCACAGUAGGUAGACAUUUAUUGUUUGAAGAUAAACAACUUAAGAGGGAAAAUACAUUUAUAUAAAUAUCUAUAAAUAUAUGAAGCUCAAAUGUAGUCCUCCAUAUUUAAUGUCUAAUCUGUGUUUCCUUGCGUGGCUCAUUUUCAGUAUGUUAACACUUCAUUGAGGAUCAAAUCUGUUAAAUUGAAGGAGUCAUCCUGGAUUUUUUUAUUACAAGAUCUUAGGAAACCCAAAGUGAUAUAGGAGGCCUUUGUUUUUUUGUUUUUUGUGGUCAUCACAGCUGUCAGAUUUAAGAAAUAAAUUCCCCUGCAAUGUGUUCCAGCACCAAAUACUACAUAUUUUGAUGGUCAGGAAACAUUCCAGUCUCGAAAGUUGGAUUUCCACUUGUAUGGGAAAUGCUUUUAUCAACUAUAACUUUUUUUCUUUUUGAAUCAUUUUGGAGUGUUUUGUUUGCUGAUUUCUGAAAAUUAAAAUAAAAAAAGAAGCAUUUUAUAACUUGAAA